AUGUCUAACGUGAACCCGACAGGACGCAGUCGCCGUGCAUCCGGCACAGUUUGUCUACCUCCAGAACAAGCUAUCACCAAUCAGCUGAACGAGGUUCACGCGAGACGCGUCUUGCACGGCGUUGGCCUGUACAUAUGCGUCUUCGACCUCGCGGCCCGGGUAGCGGAGGGCAAGGUGCGGUACGGCGAUGGAUGGAUGUGGUACCAAGAUCGCUACGACUACCUUCUCUGCGUCUUCCGUCCCUUCGGAACCGAGGCCAUCCUCGCCAAGAUCAAGUCCUCGGAUGAGGACGGUGUCCGACGUCCUCACUGUCGCAUCUUUGACGACAUCUACGUUCCCCUUGUCUGCCUUCCGGAACCUUGCGCCUCUGACCCGAAAGAGCGACCACAUUUCUGGCUGCCGGGAUCGGAAACAACCUCGUCUCACGAGCCCCUCGGCUCACCCCUGGCGGACCGGAUAUACAUCGACGCCGGCUAUGUCCUCCGGGUGCGCGUCGAGGCAGACGGGUUCCAUGACGAUGAGCCUGGACCGCCGGAGGCGCAUGAGGGCAUUCAACGGGCUCAUGAAGUGCGCCGUUCCCCGUACACCACCACCGUGAGUGCCUUUGCUGCUUCCCCUUGUCGACGGAAAACUGCUUAUGUCCGGUUCUGGUUCCAGUGCCCGAUGUCCGAACAGCGAUUUGACCAGUGGAGGAACGCUGGCGUUGAAACAACGGACGAUGGCUGA